AUGGGUGAAUUAUUCGAAUCUUUGGUGUGCAAAGAAGCCACUAUCUUCAAUCGAAAGCCAAACUCAUCUUUUACCGAAUCUACACUGCAAACAUGUCUCGGGGUCCGCAACCUUCUAGGUAAAGAGACCCGGGUUGUCUUGGACGGCCAAUCAUUGGAUCUGAGCUCUGUUGUCGCCGUUGCCCGACUUGGUUGCAAUGUUUCUCUUACUGAGAGUCCCGAGUUGCACCAGUUAUUGAUGAAGAGCGUGGAUCUUCUGAAUGAAAAGCUCGCACGUGGUGAAAUUGUGUACGGUGUCAAUACUGGUUUUGGUGGAAGUGCAGACAGUCGAACAACCAACUACAUUGCUCUACAAAAGGCGUUGAUCCAACACCACAAUGCGGCAGUCUUAAUUCCCAGUGACCGAGGACGGGAGAGCUCACACCUUUCCAGUUCCUUGAAAAGUCACAGCAUCCCUGUGCCAGUUGUCAGAGCCGCAAUGUUAGUCCGAUGCAACUCCCUGCUGCGAGGUCACUCGGCCGUUCGACCGGAGGUGAUUGAGUACAUCUGCACUUUUCUUCGAAGCUCUAUUACUCCGGUGGUCCCUCUCCGGGGAAGUAUCUCGGCCUCAGGUGAUCUGACGCCGCUUGCAUACAUUGCUGGUGCGCUCGAGGGAAAUCCAGAUAUCUCAGUUCAUAAAUCGAAUGGAGACAUUGUUAGGGCUGAUCAAGUGCUUAAGGAAUUAAACCUGAAGCCUCUAGAGUUUGGCCCGAAAGAAGGCCUGGGGUUAUUGAACGGGACGGCGUUUAGCUGUGGAGCGGCAAGCUUGGUCUUGUUUGAAGCCAACCAGCUAGUCCUAUUAUCACAACUUCUUACAGCGAUGGGUAGUGAAGCGAUGAUAGGUAUGACUUGUAACUAUCACCCUUUUAUUGCCGCGACACGACCCCACGAAGGACAAGUUGAGGCCGCGAAAAAUAUCUUUGAGUUCCUACUUGACUCCAAGCUAGCUACACCGGUUGCUCCUGGACAGGACGGUCUAGCUCAAGAUCGUUACGCUUUGCGGACUUCUUCACAGUGGAUUGGCCCCCAGAUCGAGAAUAUGGCCCUAGCCCUCCAGCAGGUACAGGCUGAACUAAACUCGACAACGGACAAUCCCCUUAUCAACCCGGAAGAUGGUAAUAUCUAUCAUGGUGGUAAUUUCCAAGCUGCAGCAAUUACCUCCUCUAUGGAGAAAACCUUGAACACUAUGCAAAUGAUUGGCAAAAUGAUCUUCUCCCAGUGCUCUGAGCUGAUCAACCCGACUCUGAGUAAUGGCCUUCCUCCAAACUUGUGCAUGGACGACCCAAGUCUUUCCUUCGCUUUCAAGGGUAUUGACAUCAAUAUGGCAUCCUACACCUCCGAGCUCGGUUAUCUAAACCACCCUAUCAGCAACCAUGUCCAGUCAGCGGAGAUGCACAAUCAAGCCAUCAAUUCACUCGCAUUUAUUGGCUGUCGCUAUGCUGGAGAUGCCGUCGAAGUUCUCUCGCUUAUGACGGCAACCUACUUAUACGUCCUUUGCCAAGCUGUAGAUCUGCGCGUGCUUCAUGCCGAAUUUAUUAAAGUUGUACGCCCUGAGAUCGAUGAAAUAACGGCGAGAGCUUUCUCAGCCGCCCCUGCUUAUCUAGAGACCAUUCAGGUGACAAUAUGGGAGGAACUAAUGCGCCAUUGGCGCAGAACCAGCACUAGCGACCUUUCCGACCGUUGUGUGACCACUGCAAAUGGCUCGAUAGGUGUUCUUCUCGACAGCCUGCCAGCCGACGCUGGUAUUUCUCAAGGUGUUGCCCAGCAAUGGAAGAGCAGCGUAUCUAGUGCCCUGCAGAAGACAUAUGAAGCCGCUCGUAUCCAGUUCCUUGCUAGCCCCACAACCAAAGCAUAUCUCUGCACUUCGUCACAGAAACUGUACAAGUUUGUUCGUGAGGAUCUGAAGGUACCAAUCCACACCGGUAUUGACGCCCAUCCAACAACCAACCGAGACAAUUCCGAAGGAAAGGAAUGUAUCGGCUCUCAAGUGAGCAAGAUCUAUACAGCGCUACGGGAAGGAAGAUUCCAGGAUCUUUUGCUCAGCUGCUGGUAG